GUUGUUUUUGUUGCGUUUACCAUCAUUCGUUUGAAAUCACGCUUUUAUUCUUUUUAACAGAAUAUAAAAAAUUCUGACAGGAAUAACCACUAGUCGUGUGGCUUAUUGUUCCUCCAACCGUCCGGAGUUAAGUCAUUGAAAGUAUUAAGCCCGAAGGAAAACCCCGAACUUUAAAAAAAACAAGUGCCUAGAAAAAACGCACGUGGACCAGGAGAUGGAUGCGGUAAACGGCGAGGGACAGGUGCAGGUUCACCUUAAAACCAAGCAGGAGCACUAUGCCGUGCCAGAUGUACCAUAUGCAAUCGAUGGAACCGUCACCACCACGGAGUUAAAUACGUUUUUAAAUGCUUUGCUCCGCCAGCAAGACGGCUCCUCAGACACUGACUUUGAUUUCCUGGUCUUUGAUGAGUACCUUCGAGGCAGGCUGUGUGAUCAUCUUCGCGAGAAGGCCAUCAGUUUCGAAGACGCCAUCGAAAUCGAGUAUGUGGAGCGAUUUCCGGCGCCGGAACCCCAGGAUUGCCUGCUCCAUGACGACUGGGUGUCUGCAGUGAAGGCCAAUGGAAAGUGGAUUCUCAGCGGUUGCUACGAUAACACCCUCAACCUGUGGACCAACAAGGGCAAACAUAUCCUCACCAUUCCCGGCCAUACGGCGCCCAUUAAAGCGGUUGACUGGAUAUCGUUAGACGAGGAGACUGGUCGCUUUGUGUCUACGUCGCAGGAUCAGACUGCCAUGCUGUGGCAGUGGAGCGUAGCCGCCAAUUCGGUGGAGUGCGUAUCCGUUUGCAAAGGUCACGAACGAGGCGUCGAUAGCGUAAGCGUGAGUCCAGAUGGUCAGCGUUUCGCCACCGGUUCCUGGGACACUAUGCUGAAGAUCUGGUCUGCGGAGGUGGACGAUGCGGCUGAGGGCACCUCAAAAAGAAUGAAGGAGAGCGGCGUGAGGACCCCGAAAAUGACGCUGCAGGGCCAUAGGGAGAGCAUUUCUGCCGUUCAGUGGAUGGAUGCCAGCACACUGCUCACCGGCAGCUGGGAUCACACGCUCAAGGUCUGGGAUCUGAGCCUUGAGGGCAUCAAGACCGAAAUAUCCACCAACAAGUCCAUCUUCGAUGCCAGCUACUCAAAGCUGAACCGCCUGAUACUGACGGCCUCGGCGGACAAGAAUCUGAGGCUUUACGAUGCUAGGACAAACCAGGGUUCUGUGGUGCGAAAUACCUAUUUGGGACACAAUGCCUGGGUGCAGAGCGUCAUGUGGUCCACCACGGAAGAGUUCCUAUUCGUCUCUGGCGCCUAUGACAACCAGAACAAGUUGUGGGACUGCAGAAGCCCCAAGGCCCCACUGUACGAUCUUUUGGGUCACGGUGACAAGGUCCUCGACAUCGACUGGUCCAAUCCCAAGUACAUUAUUUCCGGCGGAGAAGAUAACUCGGUGCGCGUUUUCAAAUCGCGAAAGGCGGUAACAGAAGAUAUGGAGACGAAAUAAACCUUAAAUGUUUGAACUUUUACAAAUACAAGAUAAGAUUAAAGUAAAUAUUAAAUGAAA